GUUGCUUUGCUAUCGUUGGUUGCUAUCAUAAAGUGUUUUAAGUUCCGUAUACACAUUCCUCACUAGAAGUUCUCAGGAAAUUUUUACACGAUUCUGUCACCAAAGUCAUAUUAAAACAUUUAUUUAUAAUGGGCGAUAGCAAAAUUUGUGACAUUAGCGACGAUGUACGUGACGCAUUGAAGAAGUUUCGCUUCCGUAAAAGUACUGCCAACUCUGCACUCAUAUUAAAAGUCGAUCGCGAAAAGCAACUUGUAGUUUUAGAUGAACUCUUGGAGGACAUCUCCGUCGAUGAGUUGCAAGAAACACUGCCAGGACAUCAGCCUCGAUAUAUCAUUUAUACAUACAAAAUGAUACAUGAUGACCAAAGAAUUUCAUACCCUAUGUGUUUCAUAUUUUACACGCCGCGCGAUAGUCAGAUUGAACUACAAAUGAUGUAUGCUUGCACCAAAAGUGCCCUCCAGCGCGAGGUCGAUUUGACACGCGUCUACGAAAUACGAGAAUUAGAUGAACUGACCGAGGAGUGGCUCAGGGAAAAACUUAAGUAGAAAAUCAAGAGUUUUAACUACAAAUAUCCAGAUAAGCAAUAUUGUGUAUAAGUUCGUUGGGUACAUAUGUAGCGUCAAUAGAACUAAGGUUUUACCAACGAUUUUACACCAAAUACAUGUGUCUAAAAAUAUAAAUGCAAAAUAUGCAUAAAUCAAGUAUAAAUAAUGAAUAGCAGGGAAAGUACCCCAAAGUAAAAUAUUUUAUUUUUU